UUCAGACAGGUUCUAUGACCUGGGCGGUAACGGGGACUUGCGUGCGGAGGUUUUAAUAGUCUUGUCUUCUAUUCAGUCUCAUUGUUGUUUCAAACAUGGAGCUGAAAAGAACAUCUCUUCUGCUGCUCGUCCUGUGUGCUGCAAUUCUCACCAGCACUGAAGUUGUCAUUCCGAACUGCUGUGUGAGGGUUUCCGGGAGAAUACCCCGUCAAAUGUUGCGGAGAGUCUCGAGAUAUGAGAUACAGACGAAAUCCGGUGCCUGUGACAUCGAUGCAGUGAUAUUACAUAUCAAAGGCCACAGACCCCUCUGUGCUCAUCCCAAAGAGCUGAAACUCGUGAAGAAAUACUUGAAGAAAAGAAAUCAGAAACAAAACUCCGGACAGGCUUAAAAGCAACGAUGGAAAGCAACAGUUUGAUCUUCAUCACUCGUCCUGAAAUCCAUGACGUGGCAUUAAUCUAAAUGGCUGUUUUUACUUGUUCAACUUCACUUUACUGAUAGUUUCAUCCCUUUUUUACAACCGUUUUUCAUCAAAUAAAAUCAUUUUCAGUUUUGGAUGUGUGUUG